AUUUGCCUCAGUUUCUGCAUAGACACAUAACGUUACCCUAAGUAAGUCUCGACUACAAAAAAAAAAAAAAAAAACAUGGAUAUUUUCAACAACUGCCUAGGAGUACAAACAACAUCCUGAAGGCACUGACGCGACUGGCGACAGAAGAUGAAGUCAUGUGACAUUUCGGUCAGCUGACAUCAUUGACGCAGGGGAAAACGACUGACAGCAUAAUGAUCAAAUUGCUCGACAAACUGCCAUCUGAAGAAUGCCCUAAACUCCUGCACAGGGUUGUGGAUGGGGUGUGCGGUCGGAGUGGUCCGAGGCAAACAGAUUACGGUGAUCGGUGGAGUCUGUCAGAAUGGGUGGAGUUAAUGAACACUCUCUCUUCUCUCAUCCGCUUUGCUGUAGGAAGGGGCUGCUCAGAUCAAGAGAUCCAGGACCUGCUGAGUGAUUUGGCCACAGCACGGGCUGAGGCUGUUGUCCAGUGUGUGCGGUCCAGGUUUGAUGAGAUCAGACAUGCUCUGGUGGAGAGAACUAAUGCCAUCUCUAGCACACAGCUACAGGACUUUAACUGGCAGUUAAAGCUGGCAUUAUCCAGUGAUAAGCUGUCAGCUUUAAACACCCCUCUGCUAAAUCUCAGUCUGGACCUGAAAGAGAAUGGACUUCAGAGAUCUAUAAAUAUAGAAAUGAACAAAGAGGAGCUGCAAACUCUCAUCAGUUCACUUGAGGCUGCUAAUAAGGUGGUGCUGCAGUUGAAAUGAAGAUACCAACCAGUACAUUUCCUUAUAAAGAUGAUUCUGUGCCAUCUGCUGUCAAAGAGAGGAUUUCUGAUGUCUGUAUUAAGACAAUGCCUGCAUGUGGGCAAACAGGAACCUUAUGGAAAGAACCGGAAAUCUCUCUGUCUCUCUACCUAUGAAGUGUUCAUAGAGCUCAACAGACUGAAUAUUAUUGUUCAAGUUACAGUACAUCAUUAUGGACUAGUGGCUUGCUUGAUUAAUGGUGCUAGGAUAGUUUUGAAGCUGAGGAUUUUACACAAUGAAAAGCUAAACGGAUGCCAGAGAUCUUGUUCAAUUCUCCAUGAAAUGCAAAUUCAUUUUGGUUUCACACGCCAAAAGGAUGCCUUUCUAAAUAAAGCAACUAAAAACAUUGAUGCCAA